UUUGUAUGGGGAGGGGGCGGCGGCGGUGGCGGAGUCGUGCAUGGCUUUGAGGAAGGGGCAGCUCAUUGGCGGGACAAAGAUCGCCUACGCGGUGUAGCGGUGCAGGCGGCUUCAUGGCGGAGGCCGCGGCCAUGAGCGGCGGCCGCGGCGAGCGGGUGCCAGAGCAGCCUCAGCGGGCGGAGAACAGCAGCGGCCUCUCCGACGGGGAGAACCGAGCUGCAGCCUUGGCCGCCGACGCGGAGAACGCCACACAAAAUGGCGGCCGCCCUGAGAGGAGCAGGAGCGACGAGGAGCCGCAGUUCGGGGCCGCCGGCGAGGGCAGGGGAUCCCCGCGCCGGGACCACCGCAAGGGCAGCGGCCCAGAGCAGCAGCCCCAGUAUAGCGAUGGGCUCCCCAGAGCCUCCGAAGACAACAUGCCCCUUAAGAAAAACUUUCAGAUCCCCAGGAAGAGCAAAGAAAAGAAAGCUCUUUUUCAGCGAGUAGCAGCAGGAACUCGUGAAUUUCAAGAGAUUGUGAACAUUUUGCAUUCAUCUUACUUGGAAAACCAUUCAAAGGACAAUUUCACCUACGAAAAAGCCUGUUUGGUUCAUAGUGAACUGUUGGAGAAGGAGUUCAUAGAGAAACGAAGAGAAUUGAAACAAGAUGGCCGAUCAGAAAAAGAGCUAGAGGAAACAUUUGCAUUUCUAAAGGUUGACCGUGAGAUGGUGCAAAACAUAUGUGAAAAUGGCUUGCAGGUGGGCCAUUCAAAGAUAACAAUUCUUGGCAACUCUUCCCUAGGUGUAUAUCUUUCUAGGUAUGCUGAUUUAUUGCAAGCUAAUCCUCUGGAGGCCAAAGCAGUGGGCGAUAUUAUUAUUUUUAAAGUAAUAAAAGGAAGAACGAAGGCAGUACACGGUAACCUUCCAGUGAAAUCAAUGGAAUCAACUGUUAAAAGUGGAUUAGACCCUACACCAAAGCAUGAUUGCCAUGUUUUAAAGACUGCAGACAAUAUCCAUGCCCUCCUAUCUUACAGAGCAUAUGAGCGCACACAGUAUUAUUUCUAUGAAUACUACUUUGAUGAGAUCAGACCAAGACCAAGACCAAGGCACGUGUGUCCAUUUGCUGCUGUAUCAUUUUCUUACAGUGAUGAAAAGGUACCAAAGUAUUUGUCACAAGCAAGAACAAAGAUUUCUAAUGUGGAUAAAAGCACUGAUAAGGCAACCUACACCUUAUGGAAAGGGCAGCUUUUAAACAGAGGGACGCUUGUAUGCCAUGCUGCUUUGAAAUCAGAAAUGCGUCCUUUGCUUCCCUGCAAACUACCUGAAAAGCUCGAUGUUGACUUGGUUAUGAACAUUGAACACUUAAAGCAUGUCUUUCCACGAGUGUUUCAGAAAGAAAUAUAUUCAGGAGAAAGGGAAGAGUUCAGGAAUGGAAUGUAUUGCAGUCUGUAUGAAGUUGUGGAAAAGUCUAGAUCAGGAAGUAAUUUGGAAGGUUUACUUCAAAAGCUAGAGACAGACAAACUAGUUAUUGUAAAACCACUUGUAGACAGGGGAUAUCUCUUGCUGCUUUCUUCUUAUCAAAUGGCUUCCCCAUAUGACAGCCGAAAGCCUCACAUUCUGCAGGCAUUGUUUCUAUUUCGGAAACCUAGAGGGGUUGUGACUUCAAUUCUAAAAAAUGAACAGAAAAGUGCAAAUACGUUAUUAACGCAGGAAGCCCAUGUGGUUAUGCCGGAAUUUACAAGAUUUAUUCAGUCGCUACAUUAUGGUUUUAUUCAUUCUCGUAAAGACCCUAAAGCUGACUUAAAUACUGCGGUGGAAAAGCAUAUAAAUGAUUAUCUGAAGCGAAACAUUAAAUUUACUUUAUAUAAUUAUAGCACAGUCUUGGAUGAGAAAAAGCACCUAUAUCCUGCACCAAAAAACAAAUCCAAUAUUGAAAGCGCCUUACACAACUACAUUUUUGGUUCUGAAACCUACCAGAUUUCUGUUUCUAAAGCAAAAAAAAUUAUGGAUGGAAAUCGGAAGCCUCAGCAGUUUAGUCCUAUUUCAGAUUAUGAAGCCACAGAGGAGGAAUCUGACUACAGAAGGAGAAAAGCUAGGAAAAGAAAUGGUUCUAAAAGUGAAACUGUAGUUGCCAAGAGAAAACCUGGUGACCCUGGGGAUUAUGAUCAAGAAAGUAUUAAAGAGUUGAUUAACUUAAUUCAGUGUAGGAAGAAAAAUGUAGAUAGAGACUCUGACACAGAAGACAACAGAAAUGAAAGCAGACUGAAGCAAAAGCUGAAAACUAGUGAGUCCUCAGAAAACGUUUGUCAGUAUGAAGGGGACAGAGCAACUGAAUCGCUUCUUUCAGUUAUACGUAACCUUGGUGGACAUGAUACAGAUUUGAGGCAGCAAAAUGUUGCUAAUACUCCCAGUAAUGACGUAUAUGAUUUCCUAAAGCGGAUUUCAGCAAUGGCUAAGAAGCAAGAUUCCGCAGAAAGCUAUUCAGAGCAACUGGUUGAAUACAACUCAAUUCUACCACAGAUCAAGAACUUACUUAAUGCUUCACAAGUUGAAAAUGUUCAAGUCAAGGACCCUCAAACCCCAAAGUUGGAAGUGAAUGCAUCAUGCUUGCCUUAUUCUUCUGUUGUUUCUGCUUGUGAAGUAGACAUUGAUCAUACCCAACAUUUAAAAGAAACGAGCACUGGAAGUGUAAGUAGCUUUGAUGGUGGUAGCCCAUGUCCUAGCACACCCAUUGAACAGACUUAUCAUAGACAACAUUCUGGCUCAUACAAUGUUGAAUCGACUGAAAUGCACUGGAAGCUGAUUCCAAUCACAGGAGGGGCAGGAAGAGUUCCUGAAGAGCAACUGAGAGAACAUGGAGAUAACCAAACAGGCUUGAAAUCUCGAGAAGAAUCACUGGCUUAUUCACCACCAAAGGAUGCUUCUGAAAAGGACCCCCGAGUAAUAAACAGAAGAAGUUCUGAUUAUCCAUUUGCAUACUCUGCAUGUACAGACACACAGAAGGGAGGAAUAGAAGAGGGAGUACAUACAGGUGAAGAGAAUUUUGAAGAUUGGUGUGAACUUGAGACAGAACACUUUUUGCCAAAUAAGCACUCCAUAACUGGAGUAAUAGAAACAGCAGUAUUGGAAGAAUACAAUCGCUUUACCAAAAAGAUUCAGGAUAUUUUGAAGCAUAAGAAUAUUAUGUAUGUCAGUGCAAUACCCAAACCUGUCCUUUCAGCCCAGGAGAAGGUAAUGAGACUUUCUGAAUAUAUAUGCUUACAGGCAUCAGAUAUUGCUGUCCAGGAAUACAUAGAAAACCUGAGUGAACAGCUCAGCAAUGUUGUUGCAUCGUCAUCUUCGUAUGCUAUCCACAGUGCCCCGUUUACUAGAAGUCCCGGACCACUAAGUGAUUCAGUUACUGACACUGGAUUACAUUUGCCACCAGAAGAGCCAGUAGCUCUUCCAAGUGGUUUUGACAUGCAGCAGUUUCAAGAACCACCAUGUAACAAAUUGGAGGAAGAUUCAAGCAUUAAUGAGCAGAAUCAUUUAGCGAUCUUGGACACAGGAAAAAAACAAAGUUCCGUGAGCACCAACAUAGAAGUGAAGUCGCCAGCUAAUCUAAAUGUGACUGCUGCUGGCCCUGUGCACCAUCCGGAUAAGAUUCCAACGUCUACAGAUAACCUUGCAACCCCACCUGCCUUCAGUGCUAUGAUAAACCAGCUAUCAUUAGAGGACGACAGUUAUUUCAAACGCAUCUUCAAAAUUAUUAAAGAUGUCCAAAAAAAUGUUGUGAAAUUCUACAUUCAUGAAAAACAAGAGAGUGAACUUUGUAAAGAAAUAAAAGCAUAUCUUACUAAACUAGGUAAUACAGAGUGCCACCCUGAGCAAUUCUUGAGAAGGAGAACCGAUAAAGUGGAUAAAUUGCUUAUAAUCAUUCAAAAUGUAGAUAUUCUCAAUAUAAUUCAUAAGAUACCGUGUUUAGUAGCUUUGAAGAGGCUUCCAUGUGUCGAUUUUGCUGGUGUUGACAAUUUGGAUGAUUUGAAAAAUCAUUCUUACCAUGAAUUAUUUGUUUCUGGUGGCUUCCUUGUCUCUGAUGAAUCUGUUCUCAAUCCAGAGUCUGUCACAGUUGAUAAACUUGACAGUUUUUUAAAGUUCCUUGAAGCACUGAGUACUCCAGAUGGGAUGUGGCAAUGGAAAGUUCACUGUAAAAUACAGAAAAAAUUGAAGGAACUUGGCAGAAUGAAUAGAAAUGCCACAAGCUUGCUGACACUUUUGAAUACUUAUCAAAAGAAACACUUGGUUGAGAUUAUGUCAUACCAUAGUUGUGAUUCUCAAACUCGAAAUCCUCCAGACCUGGAUUGUCUUAUAAGACUUCAAGCUGAUAAUGCACGGCGGAGGCACAUUGUCUUCCUGACAGAAAAGAAUGUGUUAACAUUUGCGACGUACGCUGAAAAUGGAAUAGUGGUUACUACAGUAGAUCACUUCAUGCAGAACUUUAAAAGUCUUGUUGGACACCAUAACUCCCAUUCCCCCAUUGAUCAUGAAAGACAAUCAGUUCUUGUAGAAAACGAUGAAAAGGAUGUGGAGGACAUGUCUUUGGAUUCAGGGGAUGAAUCACCACAAAUAGAAGUUUGCAAUGAUGCCUCAAAGUAUGAUUCCCACUUGGAAGCUUGUCAGAUAGAGACCAAAGGAUCUCGUGGAACAGAUUCUAAGCAAAACUCUCAAGCUGUUCUGUUGCUGCCUGCUGAAGGACACAGUCUUCUGACCGAAAAGACUUCUAAAAUUGACAUGCAAGACAUACAACCAAUUACUCCAGUUUCUACAACAUGCUCUAUUGAAGGAGAGAGAAGCAGUUCAGUCCAACAAGUUCCUUUCAGUUCCGUUCAGAGUUAUAACAGACAGUUAAGUGUGCCCCAUCAGUUCAGUCAUUUUAACGUUCUCACUCAUCAGACAUUUCUGGGAGCAGCAUACCCCGUGCCUACAAGCCAGAUCCAAGAAGGUGGGAACUACCUUCUGUCUGCCUACAGCCAGAACAUGGAUAUGGACCAGACUUCAUCUCCCAAUAAUUGGGACAUCAGUUACGAUUCUUCCCGGCUGUAUUCCAAACAAAAUUAAGCAAAGCUGAAAUGUUUUUAUACAUUGUUGUGGACUUUUCUGUUUUAAAAAGUGAAUUAACAGUUUCUAUUCUCUGAACUAAACAUUUCCGAAUUGUUUUCCUGUCUUAUUUAAAUCAUGAUGACCUGUACCAGGUGAACCACCUGAAGUUUGAAAUAAAUAUAUAUUUUUUAACAUUUACUGUACGUGAAUUAACUUGUUUGUUGAUACAUAAGUUUUGUAUUUUAUGUGUAAUUGAGACUUCCAGCUCGAAGUCUGUUUUAAUGUAAACUGAAUGUUUGCCUGAAGCAUAUGUGAAGGCUUCAUUUUUAAAGCAAAGUGUAACAGGAUAUUCAAAUCUCUUUUUCUUUAUCAAAGCUGUUGUGUACAUAUUUUUGACAGUUUUGUACAAAUUCUUUAUACAGCUAUUAAGGCAGUUCUAGUUACUUUACAAAUAUCCUCGGUUGUUGGUUACAGACCUCUGAACAACCAAUGGAUGCAGUUCAUUUUGAAAAUAAAAUAAUCAUCCAUGAGAGACCUAGUAUCAAGUUGCAUUUUGUCUUACCAUCUGUUUCCAGGAAAUAGAUGCAGCAAAAGGUGUAUUCUCAUUUGGGCAAUCUUCCUCUACCAAGUCUAUAGUAAUCUAAAAGGUAUGACAUACUUUAGAUUUUCUAUUUGAAGCCCAAAGCUCAUUUCCCCCCCUUACCAAUAUUAAAGGUAAUCUCAGUUGCAGAUAAGUACUGUAGUGACUGUAGAUUUAGGAGCGUGCUGAAAUAAAUGGUUUUAAGAAUAUAUUCUGCAUGGAGUUGCAGCCUUUAUGGUGUAAUUUUGUGUAGUUUGCCUUGAUAUGUGAUCCUGUGCCCCUGAAUUUGCAAGGAGAUUUUGUCUUAGGGUUCCAUGGCUGUGAGAUGUAGUUACAGGCAUCAUAAGAUGCUGUAUAUAAGAACUUUGCACUUUAUGUGGUAUAUGAAAUUGGCUCUUCCCCCUCAGCAGAUGUGUGACAUCUGCAACAUAUUGUGAUGCUUAUAAUGCAAUAUAGUACCGUCAGUGUGCAUAAUAUUUUAGAAGAUGAUUCAUGUUUUGAAUUACAUGCCAUGUUAGUUACCAUAAAAUGUCACCUGAAGUGGUGUUCAAUAAAAACAAAAAGAAUCUAAACGAAAGCAAUGUAAGCUAUAUAUUUACUUGAAUGGAAUGCUGGAAUAGUAGCAGAUAAUUUUAUAAUUUUAAAUUAGUUAAGAUACAAAACCUUAGAGACAUAUUUAUAAGUUGGAUGGAGCACAGCAAACAUAAUGGCUGAAUCUUGGAUUUGGACACAAGGGUGGAAGAUUCAAGUGGAGUGGCCCGGAAGAUAGUGGGAAAGGUGAAACAUUUGACAUCUUAUGUUUAAACUGGUACAGUCAUACCUCGGGUUAAGUAUGCUUCAGGUUGAGUACUUCAAGUUAAGUACUCUGCGGACCCAUCUGGAAUGGAUUAAUCCACUUUCCAUUACUUUCAAUGGGAAAGUUCGCUUCAGGUUAAGUAUUGGAACCAAUUAAGUACUUAACCUGUGGUACCACUGUAUUUAGGAAGUGGAGUAAAGAAUAUGUUUAUAGCUGAGGAUGUUGCUGGACUACAACUCCCAGCAUCACUAACCAUUAGCUAUGCUGGCUGAGAAUGAUGGGAGUUAUAGUUAAACAGCCUCUGGAGGGCACCAUUUUGGCUACCCCCAGUGUAGAGAAAUCGAGGCUUAGAGUCACUUUGAUGGUAGCAGCUCUUGUUUUGCAGUAGCUCAAUGUUGAAGGGACUUCUUGUCAGCUUCUCUUCCUCUUUCAUUUGGUUUGGUUGUAUCUGGUAAUGAGUAGUAUAUGCCUUUAGUGUACUCAGUAGAAAGUUGAUAUUGUCUUUGUAUUUAGCCAUGAGCACAACUUGGUCCUAAGUGUUACAGGAACAUUGGCAAGCAAAUGUAGUGAAAAUGACUUUUCUGAUUAUCAAACCUUGAUGGCUACCGCCUCUUAGUAAUUAUUAAGUGAAAUUCCCCAAAGCCUGCUUUGUUGGCAGACUCUGAAACUGAUCUAGUCUCAUUUGGGCAAAUUUCAGAACAUCUUGGAUCUUGUACGCUGCAUAACCACAUGCAACUUUUUAUAUACAAAUAUUCAACUGUUUAGCUCAGAUUGACAUGCAUAUCUGUACACUACCGGUGACUCAAUUUACCCAGGGGUUAAAUUCUGGGGAUACCACAUAAAGCCAAAAUAGUGUGAAGUCAAAACACAUUGGUUACAGUGGCAGGUGGGAUUGCCAGAACUACCCCUUCCCGCAAUGCCCGUCCCCAUGCCCUCUUUUAUUUUUAUUUUUUAAAUUUUGGCAUGUGUGCAAAGCUGAACCUGCACAAGUUAAAUGUGUGUGAGUAGCGAGUUGCCUGUAUUUGCAUUUUUUGAUGCAGGUGCAGAUUUAUUUAUUUAUUUGGUAUGGGAUCAUUUUGCAUGUUCUUCAGUAAAAAUGUUGAAAUGAAGCAUGGCUCAAAUUAAUUCUGGAACUUCAGAAUUGCAAUGAGCAUUCCUUAAAUAUAGUCACUGUUAAUGUGUGAAAGUAGAACACAAUUUAGUUUUUCUAUAAUGUACACCUUUCUAACAGCUGUUUUAUUUGUGGUAUAAUAGUCUGCUUUAUUUAACUGAUCACUUCUAGACACAAGGCCUGCAGUUAGUGGCAGUGUGUUUUAAUCUUUGAGGUGCUUUGGCUAACAGGGAUCUGUUUUCACCAAAAAUUAUUUUAAAAUUUGAUUUCACUUAUCACCCAGCAGUAUUACAAAACCAUUA